CCAGACAAAUAUAGAAAGACAUUAGCGGUUGCAAAUUCCUCGUCUCUAUAAGUUCUUUAUGUAAUUCCUCUCUCUCUCUCUCUCUCUCUCUCUCAUGGAACCUAAAUACAUGAUUUAUGGCAUCUUUCCCCUUGUAAUGUCAAUGUUACUACUACCAAGUCCAACUGUAUCCAUAACCAAAUGCAAUUUUCCGGCCAUCUUCAACUUUGGUGACUCAAAUUCAGACACCGGCGGUUUAUCGGCAGCAUUUGGAGCAGCUCCUCCACCCAACGGAGAAACCUAUUUCCACUCUCCAGCAGGACGGUAUUCUGAUGGGCGUCUAGUAAUCGAUUUCAUUGCGGAAAGCUUAGGAUUACCUUAUCUAAGUGCUUAUCUGGACUCGGUGGGUUCAAACUUUAGCCAUGGAGCCAAUUUUGCUACUGCUGGAUCAACCAUCAGACCCCAAAACACAACCAUAUCACAAAGUGGAUAUAGCCCCAUUUCAUUGGACGUGCAGUUUGUUCAAUUCUCAGAUUUUCACAGAAGAUCCCAAGUAUUCAAAAAACAGGGAGGUAUCUUUGAGAAUUUGUUGCCAAAGGAAGAUUAUUUCUCUGAAGCUCUCUACACUUUUGACAUUGGUCAAAAUGAUCUCACUGCUGGUUACAAACUCAACAUGACCACUGAACAAGUCAAGGCAUAUAUUCCUGAUGUAUUGGGCCAGUUCUCAAAUGUCAUUAGGAAGAUUUAUGGUGAAGGGGGAAGGUCAUUUUGGAUACACAACACAGGCCCUGUGGGCUGCCUACCAUACAUUUUGGACCGCUAUCUUGUCACGGCGGCCCAGAUAGAUAAAUAUGGGUGCGCCAGUCCAUUUAAUGAGGUGGCCCAAUAUUUCAACCUCCGGUUGAAAGAAACACUAGCCCAACUCAGAAAGGAACUUCCCGAGGCCACAAUCACCUACAUUGAUGUCUACUCAGUGAAAUACACCCUCAUAACCCAAGCCCAAGAAAAUGGAUUCCAGGACCCACUGAUAGCAUGCUGCGGGCACGGUGGGAAAUACAAUUUCAAUAGGUUAAUGAAGUGUGGAGCAAAGAAGACUGUAAAUGGCAAAGAGAUUGUGAUUGCAAAAUCAUGCGAAGAUCCGACGGUUCGGAUUAAUUGGGAUGGGGUCCAUUACACUGAGGCGGCUAACAAGUGGAUAUUCCAACAAAUAGCUAAUGGCUCAUUUUCAGACCCACCAAUUUCAUUGAAAAUAUCCUGUCAUUCAUAGGAAUGGACCACUGAAAUCACUUGGAACAUUCUCUCUCUCUUUCUCUCUCUCCGUUUUAUUUAUUUGGGGUCAGGCUUAGUGAGCUUUAUCAUCUUCUCACUGCUCUUUUUCAUCUUCCAAAGAACUUUUUCACAACAGGGAGGGAGGUAACAACCUUUUAGAGAGAUUGGCCACCACAGGCCUAAAUCAUGCAAGCAUCCAUCACCCCUCCAUCUUUAUGGCUACACCCGCAUGUGAGAAUCCUCCUGUAAUGGGUCAUCUGUAGUCUUUUUCUGUUUUUGUGUCAUUUGUUACAUUUCUUUUAAUAAAUAAAUAAAUAAUGUAUCAUGACAAUGAUUUCACAA